AUGGCCUCUGGACCAGACCCUGGCGGCCGUUCUAGGUUUGCUAAACUUGGGAUGGCAAUAAACGAAGAAAUGACCCAGGCCUGUAGAGACGUCUUAGAAAUGGAGGUACCUCCUGGUCUUGUCUACAACAAAGUGAAAGCAUCGUCAAUUUAUAAGAAAAUACGCCCCGAACAAGAACUUUCUCUUAUAGGCGCCAAAACAGAUGGUUAUAAAAAAUUUGAUAUUACAUUGUUAUAUACACUGAUAAGAAAUAUAUGUACAAAGAUUCCACGUCCAACAAAAAGUUGGGGUGGGAACGCGAUGCCGUCUGUAGGAGAAACAACGAUAGGUGAUGAUAUUGAAAGGAUCAGGAUGAUAAGAAACAACAUGUUUGGACACAUAAGCUCGGCUUCUACCUCACAGACAGAGUUUGAUGACACGUGGGCAAUUAUAACUGAUGUCUGCCAAAGACUGCAAACGUACACAAACAAAGACUACAUGUCUGGACUGAAUAAUAUUCAAAGUCAGGCCCUAGAAGAGGAGUACGAAACAACAGUCAUUGAAAAACUUAGGGAAGAUUAUCAGAAUAAUCAAUCUCUAAUGGAAAAGAUAUCUUCUCUCGAAAAGGAUUUGCAAGAAUUGAAAAAAAAGUCAGAAAACGAAGAAAACCCUCUGGUACAAGAGAUUCUGGACAACUGGCGACAAGACGAUAAUGCCUUCAUCCCUACAAGAGCUAGUGAAGUGGUUCAAGAAAAGCUUAAAAGUCAUAACCUUAUCACUGUGGUUGGAAAUUCUGGGUCCGGAAAAUCUGCAAUAAUUCAACAUAUUGCACUUAUUCUAAAGAAGGAGGGAUGGGAUGUCAUACCAGUGGAUAAUGUUGAAGAAAUUAAAAUUAUCUGUUCAACUGAAGUCUCAAAAAAUCGGAUACUAUUUGUAUUUAAUGAUCCUUUAGGUACGGAGUCGGUAGAUGAAAUUUUAUAUCACUCAUGGAAAAGGUUAGAGAAAACGCUUGAGAUUUGCUUGAAGAAAAAUAAACUAUUGAUAUCAUGUAGAAGAUGCGUCUUUUAUGACAAGAGAGUCAAGGGUAUUUUAUUAGAUGAAUCCACUGCAGUAGAAAUUGACAACAAAGAAAAUGGACUGACGGUUGAAGAGAAAAGAGCAAUUUUUAAUCAGUAUUCACCGAAUCUGAAUUUAUCCGAAGGGGUUGUUACUGAAAUAAUCAAAACGGAAGCUUACUUCCCAUUACUUUGUAAACUUUUUUCAAGGAAGGCAACCCACAAAGAAAUGGGUGUUGACUUCUUUAAAAAUCCGUACGGAUUUAUUAAAAAUGAAAUAGAAGUUUGGAAGAAAACAGACAAGAAAAGAUUUUGCUCACUAAUCUUGAUAGUAACUUUCAAAAAUAAUUUGAAAAUCGAUUCUGUUGUAAAAAAUGAUAUUUCCUUAAGGAAAUUCAAGGAAAUUUUAGGAAUGUGUGACUUACAAGAAAACACACAUAUUUCAGUCAUUCGUAGCACUCUACAUGAACUGAAAGGAUCUUAUGUCAAACGUGUCGGAAAUGCUUUCCAAUUCCUUCACGACUUUAUUAUGGAGAUAACGACUCUGGUGUUUGGUGUUGAUUGUCCACAAGAGAUAAUACAAUACGCAGACAGUGGUUUUCUGCGACGAAGGGUGAGAAUAGAAGACGAUACAGAAGAGGAAGAUCGCGAUCCCUUCACUGUUUACCUGCCUGAAGAGUAUAUUGAUGAUCUUGUGGACAGUGGUGCAAACGUCAAUUUAUGUAAUAAUAAUGGAUUCAGUCCUCUUCAUGUGGCUUGUUAUAUUGGAUAUGAUAGCACAGUACAAUUGUUACUGAACAACGGUGCGGACAUCAAUUUAUGUGACAUUGUUGGAGACAGUCCUCUAAAUGUAGCUUGUCACAUUGGACAUGAAAGCACGGUACAACUUUUACUGAACAACAGUGCCGACAUCAAUUUAGGUAACAAGAAUGAAAGCAGUCCUCGUUAA